CGGCAAAGCCAGCAGCUGCGCGAAGUUGUUGUUCCAAAGGUGUUCUGUGGUUGUGCUCUGUGUCGCGGACGUUGUUUAGCUUACGUGGCAUGGUACUGCAGAAAAAGCAAGGGCGUAUUUUUUUUUACCUUGUCUUUCAUCUGUGGCGACAAAGGAAACGCUAAGCGAUCGUUGAUCGCGAGCGAGCUAAGUGCUCUGCGUAAAGAAGGCACUAUGGCCGUCGAACAAAUUCCCGAGGACGUGGAAGCUGCUGGUGGCGGCGAUAAGAGCUCGACCAACAACCCCCUUAGUCGCAAGCUAAACAAACUCCUCGAGGCUCGGCUAGAGAAUGACCGGGAGACUUUGGAGGCCCUACGGUCCCUGUCCGAGUUCUUCACAGAGAACAACAUUCGCACACGCCGACGCCUGCGAGGCGACCUCGAGAAGAGGAGCCUGGCCAUCAACGAGGAAUUCGUCCAGUCAUUCAGUGACCUUAAGGCAUCUAUGAGUGUGCUGUCUGAGGAGAUUGCAUCGAUGGCUGACGGGUGCGCAGGCAUGGUAGAGCGCCUGCACUCUGUGAAACGGGACACACGUGAACUUCUUGCGCGUACGGGCCAGUUACGAGCGGAGGCACGACGCCUGGAAGGACGGCAACAGGCAGCACAGGGCUUCUUAGCUGCAUUUCAGCCCUCUUCCGAACAAGCGACCCUCCUCCGAGGCACAGGAGGUCCCAUUGGAAGGGACCUACUGGAUGAGCGAUUCCUAGACGCACUGGCUCAGAGCAGGCGCAUGCACGACCACUGCAAGCUACUGCUGCGAAGCAGUCGAGCGCAGGCUGGGCUACAACUCAUGGAGUCACUUGCCGCACAGCAAGAGGCAGCCUAUGAACGCCUCUAUCGCUGGCUUCAGAACAGGUGCCGAGUUCUCGGCUCCGAUGCUGCUUCCGAGCCAGGUCCCCUGUUGGCUCGUGCCUUUGGGGCAUUGCGCGAGCGCCCCCUGCUUUGGGGCUAUGCCCUUGACGAGUAUGCCAAUGCACGGCGUGCCUGUGUGGUGCGGCACCUCAUUGAUGCCCUGACUCGUGGCACUGGUGGUGUGGGUGGCACUGGAGGCUCGAGGCCUCUCGAGUCCCUGGCAAAGGACCCGCUCCGCUACGCUGGAGACAUGCUAGCCUGGGCACACCAGUGUGCCGCGUCUGAGCGUGAGCUUUUGGAGCAGCUGCUCGCACAAUGUGGUGGGCUGCGUGGAAGUGGUGGCAGUGGAGAAGCGGCCCUGGACCACAUCUUGGCAGGCCUGUGCUCCCCGCUGCGCCUGCGCCUCGAGCAGCUAGCCGUUGCAGAGAGCAGCCCACUGGUUCUGUGUCGGCUGCGUUCGGUGGUGCGUUUCUACUCGAACACCCUGGGCUCGGGCACAGCGCUGGCCAUCUGUCUGGACGAUGUUGCUGCACUGGCACACAAGAUGUUCCUCAACAGCCUCACCUGCCACUGCACACGGCUCCUCGACAAGGCGGAGCUGCCCCCCGGCGACUUGGGUGCACCCCCUUUUCUGCAGCAGCUGCUGUCGUUGGUGCGUGAGCUUCUUUCUACACGUGAUGGCUCCCUUGCACCUGUCGACCAGAGGCAGAAGGACCUGCCUGACAUACUUGCUCAGGUUCUAGAGCCAGCACUGGCAGCGUGUGAGCAACUGUCAAGCCGGCUUGCCCCUGCUGACAGAUCAGUUCAUCUCCUCAACUGUUUGCAACUCGCUCAGACUGGGCUGGCAGUGCUCGAAAUGACGGAACCGUGGCUGGAAGAGCUUGAGGCACGCCAGAAGCCCCACAUUGACUGUCUGGUGGAGGAACAACUGGAGCACUUCGUGAGCCGGCUGGGCAGUGCCUUGGCUGACGACCCAUCACGUAGUGGCAGCAUUGUGCCUCUGCCAGAACCGCUAUGUCUGCAAGCAUUGAGCCAGGGCCUGGCAGAGCUCUGUGAGCAGCCGGAGGCCUGGGGCACCCUGCCACCGCUUGCCCUUCUGGUGGGACGCCAGCGACAGCAGGCAGUGCGCCGUGCCGCCCUCAACAUGUUGUGGCACCGCUAUGUCCAGCUGUACAUGCGGGUUCGUGCUGCCACAGAUGAGGACCUAGCCGAGCAGCUACCCCUAGCCCCAGACACUCUGCGAGAGGCACUGCUGCUGCCGCCUCUCAUCGAGCAGAGAGAGGAACAAGAUGGUGGAGGAAGCCAGGAGGCCCCAUCCUCUACCUUGGGCUCAUGAGUGGCCAGGUGGCUUCCUAGGCCGAAUAAUUGCUGCCUCCUGUUGCAUUUGGGGUAUCCGGAUUGUCGAUAGGGGCCAUUGCCUGUCUUGGAUGACUGUACACGUCAGAAUGGGCACUAGGAUUUAUCUUUGUGGCAAGAUUUAACUGUAGAGAAUGUAAUGAACAAAGGCAGAGGAUACAUUGCAGAGUGCUGUCAUCCCUACUGCCUUGGUGUUCUUCUUCAUGCACCGUGCUGUAAGUUAUGCUGGGCAUUGCUUUGACUGAAGAGGUUAACACCCUGUUGCACCUAUCAUUCUUUUUUUUCUUGGUCCAGUGGUGGGGCUUCUCUCUUUCAGUGUGCUGAAUUAAUUUCAUUCUUGGUGACAAGUGUCUGUUGCACUAGGAGUUACCAAUGGCACAUCCAUACUGUCUGGCCAGACACACCCAAACGAUGAACUAUGCGUUGAACUAGGGGUUGAUAAUGUACACUGCACUGAAGAAGCUUCACUUGUAGUAAAGCUUUGAGCAUUCAGGGCUCCUCCAGCCAUCUGUCAAAGCCAGUGAAUACAGCAUGCCAUACUCCUUUUGGUGCUCUUUAUGCAAUGGUGCUGCUGAUCAGAGUGUUCCAACUUCAAAACAAGUAGUGGAUAUAGCACUUGAAAGGAUUCUAAGAAUGUUAGUGUUUCCGGGGGAGAGCUUGUGUUAGUGGAAAUAAAUUCUUAGAAAUUAUUCAUUUUCAAAGUUUUUAAUUCUUGCAGAUCGCAAGAAUUAUUCAUAGUAGCAACUUUUGUAGUCAGCUUAUGGAGACAACAGUUUGAUGUCAUGAGGUUUAAGGUGUCCAGACAGCCUUGAAAACUUAAUUACUCUACACAGUUCGAUGUGGAGGUGUGGGGAGGCUAGUGGCUGUACUUUUGGUCAGGGCUCCCAAAUUCUGUCUCUCCUAUUUCCUGUACAUUUAUUAUAUAACUCAAGCAAGCAGUUUAAAUUUGUCUCGGGAAAAUCUUCGUUUCACUUCUUUUGAAUGUUGUACCUCAUUUCUUAUGCAAAUAGGCUCAAAUGCGAGAAACACUAUAUUAGCACCAUAUUAUUCUGUAUGCAAGGGGAUAUCAUGAAGAAGGAGUGCAGUGCAAGCUUUGUUAGUCUCACUCAGCAUGUCACCACUAUGUAAGCAUGAAUGAAGAAAGGGAAUUGUGAGGGUUCGUUUUCUUUCAGCAUAUAAUGGAGUCCAGGAAGGUCUGCUGGUUUUAGUUGGCCAUAUAAGCAUGGAUUUCACAAUGGCUAUCUCUGCGUGAACUGAGGAGCUUUCUGCACUGCUACCAGAGGGAAGUGGGUGCUCUAAAGACGGUGUUGUAUGAAUCAUAACACAAUGGCUGCGCUUUAUUUUUAUCCGUGAUCUCAUUUCUGCACUCUUCAUGGUUUGUAUAUCCUCAAAUUCUGCAAAUCCUUCCCUAAGUACAGCAUGUGACACCAUGAGGGAGGCCAAAUACAGUUUUUGGACGUCAGAAGACAUCAUAUAUGUAGUACUUUUUUUAUCCACUUCUAGUGGAAAGCAUGUCAGCUUCCCCCUCUUAGUUCACGGGCAGGGAUUUCUCCGAGAUGGAAUAAAAAAAUUUACACCAUCUCCUGCUAAAGGGAACCAUGUGUAGGUGUGAAGCAGUGGGCGCUAACACUUACUGGCGGCAACAUUGAUGCUGGCGCUCAUCAGGGCGUUGUGCAGGAGAGGUACCUGGGGAGGCACAAAGCACACAGGGAUGGACCGGUGUUUCCUACUGUGCUAAUGGGCAACGAGAGACAAAAGACACCGAUGGACACGGCGACCCGCAGUCUGCUUUUAGUCAAUGCACCUGCUGAAAAUUUUUUUUUGUGAAAUAAUGCACAGCAGAAAGCUCCCACUGCCGCUACCUUGAAUGUCGAGAUUCAGUGCAUAUACGUAUAUUCAAGGUCACCAGUGAAUGGUUGUACAGCGUGAGUAGUUGAUUUCUUCAAUCUUUAAAUACUGAGCCACUAUUCUGGUUUUGCGCUUCCACAAAUAUGCUGCGUUGUCUUUGCUCCCUCAGUACCAUUCAUGGAAGUGAGGUUGGGUUGGGGGGGGGGGACAAGAAGAAAUCACAAAGCAACCCUAAUGCAAGACAUGGGGGUAUUGGUAUGACCCUCACAUUGGUUCUUUACUAAACUUGGGUAUUGUAUGCAACCCAUUCCAUAGCAGGUAGGUAACUAUGGUUGUGCACUUAGAACACAACGACAUGUGAAACACAGACGAGCUCAAACCUUGUGUUUUCAGUACGCAACCAUAGUUACCUACCAAGUACUAACCAACUCACCCAGCAACAAGUUUUAUUGAACCACAUUACAUGUUUCUCAAGUACGUUUUCAGUGUUCGUGUGCCCUCCUGUAGAGCACUGCAAGGGCUCAGGCCUACUCGAAAACCCAAGCUCAGGGUGAAGUAGGUUUUACCGUGGGCCAGGGCGGGGUUCAGGUUUGAAGCUCUCGGCUUAGGACCAGGAAUGAGGUAGCGGGAUCAGGUCGGGCUUGGUCUUCGCUCAAUAUUUAAGAUUGUUGCACAUACUUCGUGCAUCAUAUAGUAUGUUCCACAUAUAACUAAAGAAAAUGCUGUUUUUCAUGUGGGGCAAGCCAUUUGUAGAAGUUUAUGAAGAAAAGUAAUGAGCUUUUUUUUUUUGCUUCUGGCAAUAGGGAAUAUAUGAUUUAUGUGGAAAGUCUAGAGAAAAGCAAGUUUAGCAGUUUUUUGUGAAGUUGACAUAUCGCUAUUUAUGGCUUAUUUGUAUUUUUUAUUAUUUUAAAUUUUCAAUGUUUUGUAAUCGGUGUAAUAAAUGUAAUAUAACUUUGUACCUAUAA